AAACGUUUUUGUUUAAUUUUGUGUUGUGCUUGAUGGAGGGUUCGGGAUUGGUUCAGUUUCCUCGUCAAUAGGCAUUUUUUCCUUCACUGUUGUUCUACAGCAAUUUAGAUUGCUCUAUGUCCUUCAUUAAGCUGAGGAAUUCUUGCAGCUAAUCAAUUUGGUUGGAUGUCAACUCAAACAUAACUGUCUGUGUGAGGUAGAAUGGUGAGUGUGAACUUGGUUGGGAGAUGUGUGUGUAUAACAGUUUCCGGUGGCUAAAGCGGGUAGCAUUCUUGAUCCGGUGCAGAUUUUUGGAUCACUCGGAUUUAUUAAGUGAAACUUUUUUUCCAUGUUUCCUUUAAUCUGCAGCCAUACAUGUUAUGAACCUAUAUGUAUAAAAUACAUCCUAGGUGCUAUGAGUGGGUGCUCUUUGGAGUUACCGUUGUCUCUAAAUUGGUUUCAUUUGUCUCUCACAAUGUGGUCGUGCACUGCUAUAUUAUUUAAACUUUUUCCUCUCUCGCAAGCAUUUGUCUUGUCUUCCAUUUGUUAAUUUUCAGUCUGAUUGUUUUGCAAGGUCAUCAGAUGAGGGACCUUCAAAAAACUCGUGGUACAGAACUGAUUUCAUUUAUCUUAUCUUUUGCAGUACUGGUGAAAGAAACAAAACAAAUUAAAAGAACCGAAAAAAUGGCCUUGCAGCAAUACUUUGCACACGAAUGCAGAUCCGUAUCGGGGGCAACAACAGAUUCAGAAACUUCCAAAGGUGGGUUUGACUGCAACAUCUGCUUAGAAUUUGCGCACGAGCCAGUGGUCACCUUCUGCGGCCAUCUAUUUUGCUGGCCUUGCAUCUACAAAUGGCUUCACGUUCAGAGUGCCUCCCUUGCCUCCGAUGAGUGCCCUCAGUGCCCUGUUUGCAAAGCUGAUAUAUCGCACACCACCAUGGUCCCACUUUACGGCCGGGGCCAAACAACUUCCGAACCUGAGCAUGAAGGAAAGAUGACACUCUACAGGGGAAUGGUAAUACCGCCCAGACCAUCAGCAUGUGAUGUGCAAGCUCUCAUAUCUAGCACCUCUCAGACCGUCCAGCAACUUCCAUAUCGUAACCCUUAUCAGAACCAACAAUAUGACCCUCAAUCAUACGGCAGUUUUGGAGAACAUCCUUCCUCUUCACUCCUUGACCUCGGAGGCACUGCAAUGGCAGGUGUCCACCAUCCGGCGGUUGGGGUAUUUGGAGAAAUGGUUUAUGCAAGGGUGUUCGGAAACUCAGAGAGCGUAUAUGCGUACCCGAAUUCUUAUCACCGAACGGGAAGUAGUAGUCCAAGGCUGAGGAGGCAGGAGAUGCAGGCAGACAAGUCACUAAACAGAAUAUCUAUUUUCUUCUUCUGUUGCUUACUUUUGUGCCUUCUUGUCUUCUGAAGUUCAGAGAUUAGGUCAUUCUCCUUCUCUGCCAUUUUGUUACUGUAUAAUUAACGCUUGUGAACAUUGAUAGAUGAAAUUAGAUGUGAAAUAUAAGAGGUAGUAAUGAUGUUAGAAAUUUCUGACGGCUGGAUGUGCGUUGAAAUUUUUUAGAAAAUUCCAUGAUCAAAUCAUAUUAUGUUGUAUGGAUUAUAGUUUAAACCAAAGUAUAAGUUGUUA